AUGGCGCCGGUCAACAAAGCCAAGGCUGCAGGCGUCAGCGCAAGCUCUUUCCUCGACCUCAAGGCCGAGCUCGCCAAACAUGAGGAACAGUCUUCCAAGACCAAAGGACCGCGAAACACUCCCGUCUUUGCCGGGCCAUCCAAGAAACCAUCGGCAUGGCUCAAAAACAACAAGGGCGUCAAAGCACGCGCACAGAAGGACGUGAUUGAGCUCGAGGCCGUGAGCAAGCCGACCCUCGAGAAGGCGCGCGCCGUGCUCGAGCGCAAGGCGAAGAUAUACGAGCAACUACGCAAGGGCAAGUCGGGUGGUCUGAGCGACAAGCAGUACGAGGCGCUCUUGGUCGACUUCGAUCAGGAUGCGCCGAAUGCGUACGAGUCCGACUCAGACGACGUCGACGAGUCUCUCAGUGUCCCGAAGGCGCCGCAGGCGGAGGAGGAUGACCCGAUCGUGGAGUAUGAGGACGAGUUUGGGCGGAUCAGGACGGCGCGCAAGUCCGAGGUGCCCCGCCAUCUAGCACCUCCCGAGCCUGGCGCCAUCGAAGAGAUACUGGGCGACGACUCCGAUGUAAUAUACAACCCGGUGAACCACUUUCCGACCUACGAGCCCUCCGCCGAGCGCAUCACACAGAUCCAAGAAUCCCUCGCCGACGAUGCCAACCCGCUCAACAUCCACUACGACGCGUCCGCGGAGGUGCGCGCCAAGGGCGCCGCGUUCUACCAGUUCUCCGCGGACGAGGAAACGCGUGCGCGCCAGAUGGACGAGCUGCGCCGCGCGCGCGAGGAGACGGAGCGCGUGCGCAGGGAGGCGGGCGCACUGGACGUGCGCGCCGGCGAGGUGGAGGGGAUGCGCGGGGGCGAACAUGAGGACGCCCUGGGGGAGAGCAAGGCGGUGAUGAAGAGCCGCGCGAUGGAGAAGAGGAAGAGGGAACUCGAGGAGCGCCGGCGGCUGGUCGACGCGAAGAGGAGGAAGGUGAAGGGCGGCGCGGACGGGUCCGCCGAUAUCGCGAGUGCACCUGCUGCAGCUCCGCAGUUCAAGAUGGGCGGAGAAACACACUCCUCAUCGCCUACACCGGAUGGUAGUGACCCGCUCGCCGCGCAGAAAGCGCAGGUCCGACCAGCGGUGCCGCCUGCAAUGGGAAAGGAAGUAACGAGGUCAACAGUCAACACGACACCUGUCAAUCCGGCGGACGCUUUCCUCGCCCAGUUGGAAAGGGAUAUGCUG